UUUAACACAAUAAAACAUUCUUUAGUUGCUAAGACGUCCCCUCUUAACACAAAUUCCUCAUUAGAGGACCAGUAGCUUCCGCGACAAGAUGGCCGACCACAUGGUCGUCCGUUUGACUGCAUGCUUUUUCUGGAUGUUUCCUCUCGCUCUCGAAGCUAAAUUAACUUACAUAGCUAUACGACUUCCUCUAAAGGGUGAACAAGCAGCCCCCGGAGCUCCUUGGCCGUUACCGAAAACCUGGACCAAAAGUACCACACGACUGAUGGUGGAUCCUACAAACUUCCGGUUUACGUCAUCUAUGACGUAUUGUGACAUUGUGACAACAGCAUUUGAUCGCUAUUAUAGAAUACUCCAAUUGGAAAAGGCAUCCUCGCUUUCAGGACCGGAACAGGUUAUGACGUCACUGAGUGUAGAUAUCGCCGACAAAACAUGUCCGGGAUACCCCGACCCUAACAUGGACGAAUCAUACAACCUUACGAUCGGCUCUACAUCUCGUUUGACCUCAGCCACCGUGUGGGGCGCACUGAGAGGUUUAGAAACAUUUAGCCAGUUGAUUUACAAAGAAGAAGAGGGACACCGGCUAUUUGUAAACAAAACACAGAUUAUUGACCAGCCUCGGUUUCACUACCGUGGAAUCAUGUUGGACACUGCUAGACAUUUUCUUCCGAUGCCGAUUCUCUUAAAAAACCUGGAUGCAAUGGCGUACAACAAAUUCAACGUGUUCCAUUGGCAUAUAGUGGACGACCAGUCAUUUCCGUACGAAAGUGUGGAAUUUCCGACGUUGACAGAAAAGGGAGCGUAUGGUCCGAAGCUUAUUUACACGCAGGAAAAUGUAAAGCAUGUGAUUGACGAGGCUAGGUUACGGGGAAUCAGGGUCAUUCCUGAGUUUGACACUCCUGGACACACACAGUCAUGGGGAAAAGCGUUCAGAUCUCUAUUAACGCCAUGUUGGGAGGACGGCAAGCCGGGAGUUGCUAAGCCGAACUUUCAUGGAGCGUACGAAAUGAUGGAUCCCUCAAGGGACUCGACCUUUACUUUCAUGGAGAAAUUCAUUGGGGAGGUUGUCAAGGUUUUUCCCGACCAAUAUCUCCAUUUAGGAAUGGAUGAAUCUUACCCGGCAUGCUGGAAAUCGAGUCCAAACAUUACAUCGUUCAUGAAGGAGAACAACAUCAGUACGUACGUCCAGCUGAUGGAGUUAUACGUCACCAAGGUGCUUGAUAUCGUGGAGAGGACCAACAAAAGCUACGUCAUCUGGCAGGACCCCAUAGAAGACGGGACUAAGGCUAAGCCUGACACUAUUGUUGAAGUGUGGCGGGGAAACUCCACCGUCCCCUGGCAGCACUACAUGACCCGGAUCGCCAGUGAGGGCUACAAGACCAUUCUCUCCUCCUGCUGGUACCUCAACUAUAUCAGCUACGGUCAGGACUGGAGAAAGUACUACCAGUGCGAACCCCAAAACUUUACAGGUAGCGCUGAACAACACAGCAAUGUGAUUGGAGGAGAGGCGUGUGUGUGGGCGGAAUACAUCGACGGCACCAACAUCCUGUCCACGCUCUGGCCACGUGCGUCGGCUGUAGCAGAACGAUUGUGGAGUAGCCGUGACGUCACAGACGUGGAAAGCGCGAAAUUCAGGUUGGAUCAGCAGAGAUGUCGAAUGGUGAGACGGGGAAUUCCCGCCAAGCCGAUUCUGGACGGGUACUGUGGAGAUUAUGAAUUCGGAUUUCCGGAGAGUAUGGGGAUCUACAAACAGGAGACACAAGAGGAGCAUCCCAAUACAUCGGCCAGUUCACCUGUCUGGUCGAGCUCCUCCUUAACGUUUACUCUUUUGCUGAUUUUGGCACAGAAAAUAGUCCGCAUAUUUUACCAUUUGUAGAAAUACCAUAUAUAACAUUUAACACUGUACAUCAAUAACAAAACAUUUUCAUAACAUAACCAAUGUUUCCCUCAAGCUCAGUCAGCAUUUCUACAGUAAUUAAUUUUUAAUGAUGUUCUACUAGUAUCUACCAAAGGAAAAGGGUAUUUUUUUAAUCACAAGGCAAAUGACAGUCAGCAUCGCUAAAUGGAAAUCACUUCUGCCUACAUGUACAUCAAUUUGGUCAAUAUAUGCACAAUAUUAAUUUUAUUUUCUUGGUCUAAUUUGAUGUAUAGAACUAUUGAUUUGAUUACAAUUUGUGUCGCACAAAGUUGAUUUCAGUUCAUUUUAGUUCUUAUCAAAGGGCAGAUCACUCUAUCUGCAGUAGUGGGUCGUGUUUUUAUUCUUCAGGUUGUACAUAUAUAAGGACGGCAGACCUGCAUAUAUUUGAGUUGACAAUGAUAAAUCAAAAUAAAAAAAAAUAAAGUAAAGAAAAGACGACUAAUUUGUCGAUAUUUUUUGUUUAGUCGUUUCAUGUGUUUAAUAUAAUUGUUCAUAUAACGGAACAAGUCAUGUUCAACAUGAGGAAGAAAGAACGCAUUUUUUUUUCAAUAAAAUAGUCUAUAUUUGAAAAAUAUCUAUAUUGAAAUAUAUUGUAUUGAAUAGGAAUGUUAAAUAAUUAUUUUAUCAGAGAAUUUAUGGUAUUUUACCGGGAUUUCUUUUUUAUUUUAGUGCGCAUUUUAAAUUAUCAUUU